UUUGCCUGAUAACGUCGACAGCCUGUCCAUUAUUCGCCACAUCCACGCCCACCUUCUUAAACUAGGCUUCAAUACCCACGUUUACGUGGCUACUUCGCUCUUGCACGCCUAUGCUUUAGCAGUUUUUGGUGACGCAUGUAACUUGUUCGAAGAAAUGCCUGAGAGAAAUUCUGUCACCUGGAACACCAUGAUCACAGGAUAUUCACGACAUGGCGAUGUUAAAAGUGCGUGCAAAAUCUUCAAUCAAAUGCCUAAGAGAGAUCUUGCUUCCUGGACUGCGAUGGUCACGGCUUAUAUGAACAGUGGUCUUUGGGAUGAAGGCCUUGCACUUUUUCGACAGAUGGUAAUGGAUAAAAUCGUUGAUAAUGAGCAUCUAAAGCCUGAUCAACUGAUGUUGGGUUCAAUUUUGGCAGGGUGUGCAAACAUGGGUUCAGUUGGUUUAGUGUUUGGAAAAUCUUUACAUGGAUUUGCCGUUAAAAAUGAUUGGCAAUUGAACGUGACCUUUGGUACUUGUUUAGUUGACAUGUAUGCCAAAUGUGGGUUCUUGAAGAAUGCUUGCCUGGUUUUCGACAUGAUGAAGGAUAAGAAUGUGGUGGCAUGGACAGCCUUAAUAUGUGGCUCUGCUCAGCAUGGCUAUGGCCAAGAAGCACUGUUAAUAUUCGAGAGGAUGAAAAAAGUAGGCGUUGAACCUAAUGAGUUGACAUUCACGGGAUUACUUACUGCCUGCGUCCAAGUUGGGUUGGUGGACGAGGGACGCAGAUACUUUAGGAUGAUUGAGGAGUGUGGACUGAGGCCAAGAAUUCAACAUUAUGGUUGCAUGGUUGAUUUGUUUGGGAAGGCAGGAUUGUUAGGGGAAGCAUACGAAGUUAUUAAAACGAUGACACUUGAACCCAAUGUGGUUAUAUGGAGUUCGUUUUUGUCAUCUUGUAAGUUGCAUAGGCAGUUCAAGAUGGCCGAGAAGGUGAUUGAUCAGGUGAUGAGAAUGGUGAGACCAGAAAAUGAUGGUGGGGUUUACUCGCUCAUAGCUGAUUUGUAUGUCUUGAGUGAUAAGUGGAUCGAGGCAGAAAGACUGAGAAACCUUAUGCUCAAUCAAAAUGUGAGGAAGGCGCGGGGAUCUAGUUUCAUUAGAAAUGGAGUUGUGUGAAAACAAGGAGAAUCCUGAGGAAAUCUACAAGAUUAAAGGGUACUGGUUACAAUGUAUUUAGAAUCUACCAAAUACAAUGAUGGGGAUAAUUUGUAACUUGUUACUGUUACUUUCAUUUACGAAAUUAUUGUAUUAAUCAGAAAAAUUACACUUGGGACUCCCGAGUCCCAGUCUCAGCUCCCUCACCCCCAACCAGCCUUCUUUAUAUGUGUACGCAUUCGUGUAGGGGAUCUAUAAGAGCUCAAAGUUCAAAUUGGUUGAAAUAAAUUGCUUGUAACA